ACCUAACAUGAAAGAAAAUGGAUCAUAAAGCGUCUUUUAUCGUUAAUGAUAAUCUUGUCAUAAGACUGUGAUAUUCUUGAAAAGAGAGAAGAACCUAACGGGACAAGAAACACAGAACGCCAAGUGUUCCUUGCAUACAACUAUAUAGACGUCAUCCAAGAAGAUUAUUGAUUUUGCAGCUGAAAUGGAAACCGAAUUCCUGAAGCAGCUCGCUCACCUCGUUGAAGGGGAAGUCUCGAAUGAUAAGAGGAUGCCUCGUGACAGCGGCUACGGAGGCGGAGGCUGCGGAGGCUUCGAGGUGUUCGCCUUCCUGGCCUUCCUGCUCGCCCUCCUCAACCUGGUGCUCGACCUCAAUGGCAACCGGAGGCGGAGGUCGGUGUACGAGGCGGCGGAGGCGUGUCGGGAUAGUCUCGAUCUCUCCGAGGGCGUGUGGGCGGUGUCACAAUUAACGGAAGGCGUGAUGAAGGCCAUAGCAAGCCCGCCCUCAUGUAGCCACGCCCUCCUGUGUGACGCUGCUUCCUCGGCCGCGUCUCGGGGUCCUCUCGCUGCCUCCUUCACCGCCCUAGCCAGCGACUGGCUCGCGAGGUGGCCGGGCCUGCAGGAGAGCGGGUUCGGCCCAGUGACUCGCCGGGCGGAACUCGAGCGAGAUUGCAGUCGCUACGCCAGACACAACUGUACGAGUGUGCAACUUCAUGACUUCGAUCUGCAACAUAUCUUGAACGAUCCUGCAACGUUACCGAUAUGGAGGAACGCUUCGGAUGGUCUUAUGCAACGUUUAGUUAAUUCUAACUGGCAAAAGCAAGAUAUUAGGGAAGAAAAAGACUUAAUGUAUGGUGGUUAAUAGAUUUUACAUUCAGAUUUAGUGUAAAGGAAAUAUAUUCUAUGUAAAAAAUCUGAAGAGGAUCUUAGGUUG